CUGUUGUCUGGCUCUCUGUCGCCCUCUUGUGCUCAGAAUGUGAUAUAGUUUUGUUUUUCAGGAAACGAAACCUAAAACGCAGCUUAGCGCAAAGCUCUUCGAAACAAAUAAAGACAUGGAUCCUGUUAAAGCUGUGGCUGUUGUAGUAGGAGCAGUAGGAGCUGUGGCUGCUGCUCCUGUUGUUCUGGGGGUAGCAGGUUUCACCUCAGGUGGAAUAGCAGCAGGCUCCUACGCUGCAGGCCUGAUGUCCUCUGCUGCUGUAGCUAAUGGAGGAGGAGUGGCAGCAGGAAGCGUGGUGGCUGUUUUGCAGUCAGCAGGUGCAGCUGGUCUGUCACUGGCGGCCAAAGCAGCUGUGGCUGGGGCUGGAGGAGCAGUGGGAUGGGUGGCCAGCUUCCUCCGUUGAAAAUCAUACAGAUUGAAUACAUUUGCAUUUGUCAAAAUAUGACAACCAGUUACUCUACUGAAGCAGCAUCUUUGGGUUUUGAGACAACUGAUAGGUUUGGUGUGUGGAGAUGAUGCCCUUAACACUUUUGAAUGAUACAGAGAAUAAAAUAAAUAAAAUGCACUGUGUUUACUAGAA